ACCUACACAAAUGAAUUCUCAAGAGAGGAUACUGACUGAAAAAAAUGAAGCAAUAAAUGGUUUUAGAGAUCACUGUCAAACCAGCAGUAAGCGUUAAAUAAAUUAUUACGGACGUCAGGUAUUUUUCUGUGUUAUGUAGCCUUGCACGUUAAAGGAGUCUUUCUAUCUUACAUUUCGGAGGUUAUUUUAAUCCCCUCCAGCCACCGGAAGCGCUAGAUAAAGCCGAGGUUGCAAAGUGCGUCACAGCGCGGAGCUGCGGAGAACAAACUGUGCCUGCAGUCCAGCGUCGGCAAUAUUUCCUUUUCUAUUUCGCAAGAAACCCGAGCUGACGUUUCCUCUCCGGCAUGGUGAAGAUUGCUUUUAACUCGGCCCUGGCCCAGAAGGCGCUGGGCAAAGAGGUGCCAGCCGCUGUGAAGGAUCCUGAGCUGGCCUCUGCUCCAGCUGGCAACGAGGGCUCCACAGGUCGCUGUCUGCUCACCCUGCUGGGCAUCGCCUUCAUCCUCAGUGGGCUCAUUGUGGGGGGAGCGUGUCUCUAUCGAUAUUUCACCCCGAAGAGGCUGUAUCACGGUGCGAUGCAGUUCAGUGACGUGUCAGCUGGAGCUGGAGGAGAGAGCCAGCCAUACUACCUGCCGCAGGUGGAGGAGGAGGUGGAGAUCUCUGACAGCAUGGCUGUCAUUAGUGUCCCACCACCCCGCUUCAGACCUGGAGACCCUGCUUACAUCCUGCAUGACUUCAACAGGAAGCUGACAGCAUAUCUAGACCUGACUCUGAGGACCUGCUUUGUGAUUCCUCUGAACACCUCAGUGGUGCUCCCCCCUCAGGACCUCAUCGACCUCUUCUCACAGCUGAUGUCUGGCUCUUACCGCAGCUACUUGGUGCAUGAGGACCUGGUGGUGACAGAGCGCAUCAAUGAUAUCAAGCCUCUGGGCUUCUACAUCCGCCGGCUGUGUGAUGGAAAGGAAACAUACAGAAUGCAACGCCGCUCCAGCCUGCCAGGCGGAGGCAUCCAGAAGCGUUCUGCAGAUGAAUGUUUCACCAUCCACCACUUUGAGAACAAGUUUGUGACAGAGACCAGGAUCUGCAAGGCUUGAUGGGAAAGCGUGAGCAUAGGGCAGAAAGCCUCAGAGAAAGAGUGAUGGAGAGCCAGAGAGAGACGGAGACAGAGACCGAGAGAGGAGGAGAGAGUAGGUGAAGGAGGGAACAACUUUUAGCAGAAAGUUACUUUUGUAUAAAACUCCAGUUUUUGCCUCCCCUGCUUUAACCCCAGUGAUAAGUGAAUUUAAGUUAUAGCGUUACAUAGCCUAACCCCCAUCCUCUGCUGUAUUCCCCUGAAUCUGUAUAACUCAUAGCUCUCUUGUUCAAAAAUUCACUAGUUAAUCUCGUACUAAUAACCAGCAUCACCCUGCUUACUAAGUAUUAAGUUUCAUUUGUUCAGUUGUUUUCUUUUUUUGUUCUGUUGCUGUAGCUUCCUGCAGCCUUCUAGUUGUUACUGUAUUAAAACAUCCAAAGACCUCCAGAUGAGCGUCCUUAUACUGAUAUUCCUAGUGAUACUGAGAAGUCAUUCAUAUCAGAACUGUUUGUGUGUCAGCUUACUGUUCCUGCUAGAACAGCCUUGACAAGACCUACUGUAUGUUAUGGUAUGAUACAGCACAAGUCACUCUACAGAUGUAUGGUACUAUUCAGUACACAUGUAACAUGGUUGUUAAGGUCUUUUAUGGGUGGUACCAGGGAAGCCCAGAGGUCUCAGUCACCAUUUUUGUAAAUAUUUCCCAGAGUGCCCUGCUGCUCCCAGAGCCCUCUGCUGUCCUGCUGUGUGAUGACUUUGUGUAAUUUGAUGGUGUUAUGCCUGAUGGUGAACAGUCCAGCACCCUAUAUGACAAGUGUUUGUGUUUGUGUAGAAACCUCAUUUGUAACAAUAAACUUGAAGGAUUGCUUGGUGAGCUAAGGAUAAGCUAAAGGAAAAUGUCACCAAAUUUGAAAACACUUUCCCUCUGAGUUUUUGGACUCUUAUGUAUCAUUAAUUUGUAGUCCUGUGACCUGAGAUGAACUUCACUGAGAUAGCUGUAAUUUAUAGCUUCAUAUUAGUGGAUACAAGUUUUGCAGAACACCAUAAAUUUUAAGUGGUCACAGGAAGAAUAUGUUUGUAAAAAAAUUGACUGAAUCUGCAUAAAACUCCUUUCCUUGAUCUUGAAGCCCUUAAGGAAAAAUGUGGCCUUCAGCCAAAUUAUUUUGAGUUGCUUUCAGUGGUUUCACAUUCGAUGCCUGCACAGAAAGACAAUCAGGAAAUGGGUUCAUGUGUUUCUGUCUCAGUGUUUUAACAAUGCUAGAAGAUUAGAGAAAAACCAAUGUUGUGUGCAGCUACUGAACUUGAACUUCACUUUGUUGUUGAAUAAAGUUGCAUUUCUUUACCUAUUGAA